AUGGAUUUAAAUGUGCCCAAUGGCAAUGUAUAUUAUCGUGGAUUGCAUCAUCAGCAUGAUGAAGUACGUCUGAUUGACUAUGUACGUUUAUGUGAACAUUUGUCUUCACGUAAAAUAAUUCUUCUUCAAUUAUUUCACACUAUUCUACGUCGUCUAAAACAACGAUAUUUACCUUUGAAAGAAGAAGAAACAGCACGAAGUACAUUACCUGAAUUUACUUAUACAGAAGAUAAUUUUGAAUGGGAAUUAUCAAAUCUUGUUCAACAUUUAGUAAAAAUUUAUCCGGAUAAUGAUAUUGUUACUGAAUAUUCUCAAAGUAUUGCUAAAUUAGCACAAGCAACCUUAGUUGAUAUAAUUGAUUUAUUUCAUGAUUUAUCAAAAUUUAUUCAAAAACGUGGUGAAUCAAAUUUUACCAAUAAUGAAAAUCAACUAGGUCAUCAAUCAGAUAAAAUUUAUUAUACUAUUAAAGGAUGGAGUCCUGUUGGUCUGUUUCUACGUCGUCAUAUUUGUUCAUUUGAAAUGUUAUCAACACCAAGUUUAGGACAACUUGUUAAUGAUGUUAGUCGAUAUGUUGAUUCAUAUAGAGUUCGCUGCUGUUUUCUAUGCAAUUUCUAUCUAUAA